ACCGGGAGAAAGCUUAGCUAUCAGAAACCCUAAGAACAGUCCAGUCCUUAAACCCUAACCCAAAUUUCUGCAAAUUUUCUGAAAGGGAAGACGACAAUGGGAGAUUCAGAUGCCAAACGGGAAGUUUCAUUGAAAGAUCAAGGCAAUGAAUUCUUCAAAGCUGGGAACUAUCUCAAAGCCGCUGCUCUCUACACUCAGGCCAUCAAGAAAGACCCGUCAAACCCGACUCUUUACAGCAAUCGCGCUGCAGCAUUUCUACACCUGGUUAAACUCAACAAAGCACUUGCCGAUGCAGAGAUGACAAUCAGUUUGAAGCCAGACUGGGAAAAGGGUUAUUUUAGGAAAGGAUGUAUACUGGAGGCAAUGGAACGAUAUGAUGAGGCACUGGAUGCGUUCCAGAUUGCAUUGAAGCACAAUCCACAGAGUUCAGAGGUAUCUAGAAAGAUCAAAUCACUUAACCAAUUGUCAAAAGAGAAAAAGCGAGCUGAAGAAGUGGAAAACAUGAGAUCUAAUGUCAACAUGUCAAAGCAUUUGGAUACAUUGAAAUCUGAACUGUCGGAAAAAUGUGGAGCUGAAGCUUGUAAUGAAGCUUUCUCUUUUCUUGUUGAAACAAUGGAAAUGGCUGUAAAAACAUGGCAUGAAACUUCUAAAGUGGACCCUAGAGUUUAUUUCCUUCUUAACAAGGAGAAGACAGAUACUGAGAAAUAUGCUCCAGUUGUCAAUAUUGACAAGGCCUUUGAGUCACCACAUACACACAGCAGUUGUUAUUCUUUCCUCAGACAGUAUGCUGAAGAUUCAUUCUCUCAUGCAUCAUGCCUAGUUACACCCAAGAAUAUUAUAUCUUAUCCACAGGUCUGGAAAGGUCAAGGAUCAAGGAAAUGGAAACAUGGUCAAAGUGAUGGAUUCUUCAUUCAAUUUGAAUCACCUUCUACACGCAAGCUCUGGUUUAUUCCUAGUUCAACUGAGAACGGAAAAAUCUUGUGCAGGGAUCCGGUGUCUUUGGAUAUAAGUGUACAUGAACUUAUUCCUCGCCUGUUCAAGCAAAUAUAGGCAAUACUGGUCAGAAUUUAUUCUGUGGCUGAUGACCUUGAAAAAACUGGGAGUCCUAUGGUUACGUAGACAAGAUCCCUGUAAUGCUGCUUUGGUAGGGUGCAAGGUACAAAAUUGGAAGACAGCAGCUUCACAACACAGGAAUGCGUAGGACUCUACAUGUAUGCAUUAUCGAACCUUGGUGAGAGUUUGGGUGAGCUUUUAUGCAGUGAUGUUUUCAUGGCAGUUUCACCACUAAGUUUAAUUUUGCAAGUCUGAUCUCUUCAUGUAUUUGUGAGCCUUGAUUGUGAUGAAUGGCAGAUUUACAAAAUUUUGAAUGCUUCAGUUUUUGAAACUUGGAAUAAGAUGAAGUAAUUAUUUUGCCAA